UAAGAACAGUUUCAUUUCCGGUACCAGCAGAAGCAGCUUGAACAUGGCGACUUCCGCCCUGAACGAGCCUGGGAGAGCGGCUGGAAAAAGGAGCUUUCGCAACCAGAAGCCAAAGCCGGAGGACCAAGAUGAAUCAGAACUCCUUACUGUUCCUGAUGGUUGGAAGGAACCAGCUUUUUCCAAAGAGGACAAUCCCAGAGGACUCUUGGAGGAGAGCAGUUUUGCAACUUUGUUCCCAAAAUAUAGAGAGGCCUACUUGAAAGAGUGUUGGCCACUGGUGCAGAAAGCCUUGAAUGAACAUCACAUAAAUGCAACCCUGGACUUGAUUGAGGGCAGCAUGACUGUUUGUACAACAAAGAAGACCUUUGAUCCAUAUAUCAUCAUUAGGGCCCGAGAUCUAAUAAAACUGUUGGCAAGGAGUGUUUCAUUUGAACAGGCAGUACGAAUUCUUCAGGAUGAUAUUGCAUGUGACAUUAUUAAAAUAGGUUCUUUAGUAAGAAAUAAAGAAAGAUUUGUCAAAAGAAGACAACGGCUUAUUGGUCCCAAAGGAUCUACCUUGAAGGCAUUGGAACUCUUAACAAACUGUUAUAUUAUGGUUCAGGGAAAUACAGUUUCAGCCAUUGGACCCUUUAGUGGUUUAAAAGAGGUGCGAAAAGUAGUCCUAGAUACUAUGAAGAAUAUUCAUCCAAUUUAUAACAUCAAAACCUUAAUGAUUAAAAGAGAAUUGGCAAAAGAUUCUGAGUUAAGAUCACAAAGUUGGGAAAGAUUUUUGCCGCAGUUCAAACACAAAAAUGUGAAUAAACGCAAGGAACCAAAGAAGAAAAGUGUUAAGAAGGAAUACACACCAUUCCCACCACCCCAGCCGGAAAGUCAGAUUGAUAAAGAAUUGGCUAGUGGUGAAUACUUUUUGAAGGCGCAUCAGAAGAAGCGACAGAAAAUGGAAGCAAUAAAGGCAAAACAAGCAGAAGCUCUUAGUAAGAGACAAGAGGAAAGAAACAAAGCUUUUAUUCCACCUAAAGAAAAACCAGUUGUGAAACCAAAGGAAGAGCGUUUGGCUAUCACAAGUCCUAAUUCCUGGGCAGAGAUCAACCUCUGAGAGAGCUGGAGCCCAGCAGGAAGGGAGGUGAGAGUUUUGUUUCUCCUUUCCUCAUACCUCUGGAAGGUAUGUUUUAGAAGGUGGAAGUUUUGUUUCUCCUUUCCUCAUGUUCUGGAGCUGCUGGAGAGCUCUUCUACCCUCACAAGCCCAAAAGCUGUUGCCUCCAGUGAGUGAAUGGAGAGCUUCUUGAGAAAAAAGCAUCAGGCUGCCAGCCUCCUAGGGGUUGCUUCCCAUUACCACAGACCCAAGCUGAGAUGGGCAGUGGGCCCUGUGCGUCUCCUCCCCCCACUGUGUGCCUUUGUCCUCUCCCAGGGAGCUUCAGCCCCUCCGUUUUCAUAUUGCUCAUUCCUACACAGACUGUGCCUUUCAGAUGAUUUGAUUUUCUUUCCCCUGCUUACCCUCCCCACCCACUGCUGCCAAGAAGCACGGGUGCCCCAAAGGACAGUUGAGCCAAGACUCAGGUGCAGCUGCUUCCCCUAUGCUGGUUUGUUUACUAACUGCAUGGAGGUUCCCACAGCAAGUGGGGCUCACAGCUUUCCUCUUAAAUACCUGCAGUAGACCAAUGUGUACUCAAAUUGUGAGCUCCCUGCCCACUGGCCUCCCCAGUGAUGCUCCCCUGGCUGCUUCAGCAGAGCAAGGCAUACACCAAAGCACCAGCACACCUUUCCCUGUCAUGCUUAGGGAUUCAACUUGCAGGACCUGGGCACAGGCCUACAGGCCAGAUCCCAUACUCAGGACUCCAUCAUGUUGCUUAGGGGCAUGGAGGGGAGAUCUGCAAACUUAUUUUAGGAGGCAAGGAAGCCUGCAUGGGCAAAACUGAGGAGAGUGCAAUGUGAGCCCAAGCCACAGUGUACUAAUGGAGCACCCCUCUCCCUAUAGGAAAACCAUGCUCUCAGCUUUGGGUGGAAUCCUGGACAGGGAAGCUCUUAUCCUGCAGCACCAUUGCUGGUGAGUUCCUGUGGCCAGACUCCAGAAGGAGACCUUGGGAUAGGGUAGGAGAGAGAAAAGUUAAACCCACUUCCACUGGCCAGCCUAUGAGUCCUAGAUGGUCCCUCUGCCACAAGAAGUUUGUCUUGGUGGACCCACUUCAGCCUCACCUUCCUGCUGCUUUCUCCAGCUGCCUGGUAGUGAACCCUUGACCCCUACUGACGCAGUUCUUCUGCCUCCCUUUGUGAAGCUUGAAGGCCGGCUUGCCUAAGCCAGUUUCACCAAGCUUCACUCCUCCACCAAUCUCUGAUGUGGUGGGGAAUAAGAAGACUCCCGAGAGCUCCAGGGCUCUACCCACAAAUAAGAAGACUCCUGAGAGCUCCAGGGCUCUACCCACUGCCUGGUACAUUUACAUGCUUCUGAGGGGCUAGAGCCAGUCACAGAUCUCAAAAAAAACAAUACUGCAGCUGGCUUUUUCCAGCAAACUCUGCCUAUGGCAGGGAUGACAACUUGUAUAAUAUUUACUGACUCAAUUAUCCAGGCAUGGCUGAGUUUUACCUAACUACUGUCUCAGAGAUUUUUUUUUUAAAUUAAAUCAUAGCUGUGUACAUUAAUACUAUCAUGGGGUACAGUGUGUGUCUCAGAGAUUAAAUUGCUCAUCCCUAUAUAAUUCACACUGUUAAGACCACAGGGCAGGAGAAAGAAAAGACUUCAAAGACCUCCAUCAUCUCUCAUGAACAAGAGGCAGGGAAUCUGCCAACACACACAGUACACAUUGCUACAA